GCUUCACGAGAGUCCAGAAGAAGAGCCGCACAUCCUGCUGGAGUGUGACAGCAGCGUGCUGGACGCCCUACAAAAACAUCUGAAACUGUACAAGAUCCGGAGGAAAGUAAACAUCGCCCCUUGCCUUGACCUCUCUUUGUGGGCCGUUGUCCCCGGGGAAGAAGCUGGAGACGCUGCCGGUUCCCUCGCUCAAUGUGCAGACCAGGCUCUAGUUUUAACUCCUGACCCCAGAACAGAAGUCAUGGGCUGGCGGCUGAUUACAAAGAAAGGAGCGAAUCUAUCGGAGAUUAUCCCUGGGAGUUAUAUUGGAAACCUUCAGGAUUACCACAGGCACAGGUAUAAACAAGGGAUUCCCGAAGGCGUAAAAGAUCUCCCUCCCGGCGUCGCCCUCCCGCUGGAAUCAAACCUGGCCUACAUGAACGGCAUCAGCUUUACCAAAGGCUGUUACAUCGGACAGGAGUUGACGGCCAGGACCCACCACAUGGGCGUCAUUCGCAAACGUCUCCUGCCAGUCCGCUUUUCACCUUCUCUUCCCAAUGACAGCGUUCCCGAGGGUGCCGAGAUCUUCACUGAAUCGGGAAAAUCGGCCGGCAAGUUCCGGGCUGGAGGAGGUGAACUCGGUAUAGCUUUGCUGAGGUUAGCUCAUAUAAAUGAACCACUCUCUCUGAACGUAGCCGGUGAUAAAGUGAAGCUCACGGCGAGUAUACCCGAGUGGUGGCCAAAAACUGCUG